CCUUCCCUUCAGCUGGAAGCCUUUAAAAAGCCUCAGUUUCUAAACGCAGGUUAGUUAAACUGACAUCAUGGUGGGGAAGAAAGACCUUCUCGUGGUUGCUGCUCUCUUUGUUUUUGCCCUCAUUUCACACACUGAGGGUAUAAUUGGCGGCAGAGAGGCAGCGCCGCAAUCCCGGCCCUACAUGGCCUCCAUCCAGGUGCAGGAGGGAGAGAACUUGAAGCAUGAGUGUGGAGGGUUUGUGAUUGCAGAUCAGUGGGUGAUGACUGCAGUUCACUGUAUGCCAACAGGAGCUAAUGGAAGGAAAGUGGUCCUAGGUCUCCAUUCUCUGAGUGAACCUGAAGAAACCAAGCAGACAUUUGAUAUUCUGGAACUUCACAACCAUCCUAACUUCAACAGUAUAAAUUAUGACAAUGACAUCGCUUUAAUUAAGUUGGAUCGUCCAUUUAACACCUCUGAAGCUGUCCGAGCGGUGGAAUAUCUGCGAGCAGGCGGCACCAACCCCGGCACAGAUGAAGAGGUGGAGACAGCCGGCUGGGGUUCCCUGGAUGACCUGGGAUCCAGACCAGACAAGAUCCAAGAGGUGGUGGUGGAGGUGGUCAGCUCUGCUCGAUGCAGACGCAGCGACUACUUUGGCAGGAAGUUCACCACCAACAUGAUGUGUGCUCAUAAAGUGUGUCCUGACCCCUGUGACAAGCCAUAUAAGAAAGAGGACAGCUGUGAUGGAGACUCUGGAGGUCCUCUGCUCUUUAACGGCAUUGCAGUGGGGAUCACUUCCAACGGAGGAAAGAAGUGUGGACAAAUCAAAAAGCCUGGAAUUUACACCAUCAUCUCCCACUACACGGAGUGGAUUGACAACACUAUGGCUCUGCAGCCUUCUGCAACAUCAGACCAGAUAUAAAAGAAGAGCAGCUAUUAGAGUUAUUCAUGUCACAUGACUUGUAGCAUGUCUUUGUAGCUGAUUGCAACUAAGCACAAAACAACCAACAGUAUCAUCAUGUCAUUUAUUCAAAUCACUUUAUAAAAGAUCAAUAAAACACAGUGAAUCACACUCAGAUGUCACGGCUGCUGAUCUGCAGUAACAAGGAAAGACUGGUUUGACAAACAAAGUUCAUUUAUAGAAAGACUGAGAAUAGACCUGCAUGGAACAGUUUCAGAGGAGACCUACUAGACAUAACAAAAUCAUUAUUCAUCAUGUUGAUUUACAAUAAAUCAAAGUCAUAAACUGAAUGGAAAUAAUUUAUGACUUUGUAUUAUUGUAGUAAGCAAUCACAGCUCUGAUGAGGUCUAAACAUGUCUGCAAUGAGUCCUCUUGUUUUUAUACACAUGACAGAUCGUGUUUCAGGAUGUCACUGUGAAGCAAUCAAGAUAUCAACAAGCAGAUCUCAUAGACUUGUCAGAUAAGUCCUCAUAGAAACGGGGAAGUACAAACGUUAAUCAAAUCUGCAUCAAAUCUAAUUUCUGUCCUCUAUAGACAUUAAAAAUUCUUCUUUACGUUUGAUUUAGAAGUCCCAAACCACCAUAAACAUUUUUUCAAACUGUUUUAAGACACAUACUUUUAUAAUCUGAUUCGCUUAACAGACUUCACUUUGAAUGAUUAAGGGAAAGUCUUGAUAUUCUAAAGGUAAGACCUGUUUGUCUCACAAAAAAUGAGUGUACAAUGAGAAAUACAGGGAGAGAUAGUUCCCUUAAAUUGUAAUGUUUUUACAUUUUGUGAAUUCCUUCAUAAAUAGCAUGCACACAGCUCAUUUUCUGCAAGCAAACUUUGAUGACAGCAGAUAAAAAGACAAAACAUUUAAUUGCAAAUCUGUUCAUUUCAAAAUCCCUGCAGGACAUGUGUCCAUAUGUCUGUACAGCUGAAUAAACCUCCUCUUACAACCUCCUUUAAUAAUGCCCAUGUGUGUUACAUUUGUACACCUUCAAUUAAAUAAAUCAAGAAUCUCUCAA